UAUACAAUUUUUUAGCAACGUUUUCCAACAAUAUAUAUAUUAAUUUUUUUCCCAUUUAUUAACGAUCCAACCGAGAAUUGUAUGGAGAACAACUUGUUCAUUCUGUUCCCGAGCACAACCUCAACUGUGAUAAAUAAAAUGGACUUGAAGAUAACCGUUUUGUUAAUUUCGCAUUUUUUAUUUGUUGCUAACUCUGUGCUGGGCAUGGGUGCAUACACCGAGGAAGAGAUUCUUCAAUUAGCUUACGGAGAUUGUCAAACCAUGUAUGGAUUAGAGGAACACCGCACUUUGACAAAAAAACAAUUUAUUGCGUUUGUGGGUGACAACGAUGUCAAUACAGAAGCUGUUGCUGCUUUCUUUCGGACAUCAAACGCUAAUCGUGAAGAAGAAAAUACCAUAAACUAUGUUCUUUUUAAAAACCUUGUAAAAGAAGUUUGCAGUGCAAAUCACACCGAUGUAAUUACAUUCAUUACUACCAGAUGGGCAGAAAUCGAUGGUUCUCGGGAACAAGAGAAUACUACAGAAAAUAUUGUUAUCUAAUCAUAAUAUCCUAUUUAUGUUAAAACCAACCCGUUCUUUUGAGUUCAGUAUGGUUCAUACAUUAAAUAUACUACUAGUAUUUAAAUUUUGUCAAAAAUUUUACAAAAUAAUACAAACAAUUCUACAGUGUGCGAAAUUGUAAAAUGUUAAGUUUUAUCAAUAUACAAUGAAAAUAUGUUUAAUAUAAAAUUGUUGAAAUUAA